GGGGAAAUUAAAGAAUGGGAAGUGGAUAGAGUAGAAAAGAGGUGGUGUGCGGUGAGGCGUGCGUGUAUUGGCCAAUGACUUCUCUUUGCAGUGCCAAUUCAGUUACUUGUCUGUCAAACAAAUGGAACGGAGGAGGUUCUAAGCCCAGCUUCAGACCACGCCCAUUCACGGUGGUCGCACUUUCUCAAUCCAGAAGGUCCACCGCCAUUUUUAUCUCAUCCUUGCCUUUCACCUUUCUUUUCCUCUCUCCACCACCGCCAGCGGAGGCCAGAGAAAGACGCAAAAAGAACAACAUUCCCAUUGAUGAUUAUCUCACUUCCGCUGAUGGAUUAAAAUACUAUGAUUUUCUUGAGGGAAAAGGUCCAAUAGCUGAAAAAGGAUCAACUGUUCAGGUGCACUUUGAUUGUUUAUAUCGGGGAAUUACAGCUAUUUCAAGUCGAGAAUCUAAAAUUCUAGCUGGAAAUCGUGUCAUUGCUCAGCCAUAUGUAUUCAAGGUGGGAGCUACACCGGGAAAGGAAAGGAAGCGUGAAUUUGUAGACAACGCAAAUGGUCUAUUCUCUGCACAAGCUGCACCAAAACCUCCAUCAGCUAUGUACUCAAUAGUUGAAGGAAUGCGAGUUGGCGGAAAGAGAACUGUGAUUGUUCCUCCUGAAAAAGGGUAUGGACCAAUGGGAAAGAACGAGAUUCCGCCUGGAGCUACAUUUGAAUUGAAUAUUGAACUUUUGCAAGUGGUAUCUUCCUGAAGAGUGAGCCUGAGCUGAUUCUUAUGAAAAACUUAAUAAUUUAACUUCAGAGUGUGUACCCUAUUAGGCUGCGGCCUACGGCUAUUCUUUUCACAUUGUCAACUAGGGAGAUUUUUUUUCUUUCACAAAAUGAUUGUGUUGAAUUAUACUUGUCUUCCUUCUUGUAACCAAAGAAAUACUUGUCUUCCAUCUCUCGUGGCAGCAAUUUGAUAGUGGUAUCAGUAUAUAUAUGGAUCACUUUUUGUAUAUUAUGGAUUAUAGAAGCUUUAAUUUCGACU